ACUUGAUGGUUGUUUUCUUUCAUUCACCAAAAUCAGACGAACGCGGCGAAGAAAUUAGAUACUUUUUUAAAAGCUCAUGAGUCAGAUUACAAUUCAGAAUUGAGAGAGUUGAGAGAUAACGAAUCGAAUCGAAUCGAGAGGAUGUGGUUUGAGAUCAUCUGCGGGCUGAUAAUAUACAAGUUUUACAGGUGCUUCGUCUCCUCCGAUGACGACGACGUCUUGGACGUGGAGACCUCUGAUUCCAAGGCUCUCUUCUCCGUCGGCGACAGACUUGCCAAGCUUUACGGCGGCAAGGUCUACGUCGGCCUUCGCAUUCCCGAUGCUGAUACCGCUUCCCCUCAGACCAUCGAUUUGGUCCUCGUCUCCAAAGGGGAGGCAGUGGUCGUGAGUGUAAAGAAUUUAUCAGGAUUAGUUUCAGUGAAUGCGGAUGGCAGCUGGGUUUGUGAAAGCCACAGUAGUAAUCACAAAGCGCACCACCUACCUGACCCUGUGUUGGAGACCCAAAAACAAGCUUCAAUUCUUGAAUCAUAUUUAGAACAAAGAGGGUGUGCUUUACCACAAGGAUAUUUGUCUUGGAAAGUAAUACUUUCCCAUCCAAAAGUUUGCACCACUCAGUCAAGCAAUUUUCCAUCAGAGGUUGUAACCUACGACCAGUUGAUGCAACUGAAACCGGAACCAAAAAACAUGUUUUCUGGUUGGAUUAAGGGUGCCUUCCGUGGUGGAAAGAAGGAGAUGCAAGAAUCUAUAUAUCAGAAGCUUGAUUUCAUUCUUAGUACGGCUCCAAUGUGGGAUAGGUUGGAGCUGGAAGGUAGUAAGUAUGUUCUUGGAGAAUUUCUGGAAUUUAAGGGUAAGCAGGAAGAUGUUCAAGCUUUGAAAGGUAUCAAAAGAUCAAAAAUUGGCCGCCUUGUUGUCCAAAAGACAAGCAUGUUUGGAUUUGGUAAUUCUCCAAGUUCUUAUCUCUCUCUAUUGAGCAUUAUUUAUGCUGAAGUAAUAGAAAAUGAUCAAGGAUGCAAAGGCAUACAUCUUGAUUAAGCCCCUUCAAGGCUUCAAGUUCUGUACUCUCCUCGUGAUUAUCGGAGCGAAGGAGCUUCAGCUUCCGAGUGGAUGGAGGUAAAUGUAAGGUCUAGUACAGAGGUCCUCUUCCAACCAGAAAAUUCUUCUAAAGUCCGCAAGUUUAAGCUCUCUUCAGUCGUCUCUAUGUCACUGAGUGCUUAAAGAUUCCUCGUGCUGAAUUCACCCACACAUCUGCAGGUUGGAAGUAGCAGCCUUGAAUUAUAUGUGUAAUUGUCUCGAUCCUUGUACCGUUGAUUUCUUUUGGAUAUUGCGGGGAUGUAGAUAUGAAAAUGUUAACAGGAAUUCGAAUUAAACAUUACAAUUUUUUUCUUGAGGAAAAAUACUUGGGUGCGACUGUAGAGCUGUCAUGUGGUUACUUAUCGCGUGUGAACUGAAACAUCAUGUGGCAAUGUCGCACCCAAGUAGUUAUGGUUCUUUA